UGUGUGAAACAAACGUCCCCCUGCAGCAUUUUAUUUGACGUUAUUAGUACUCAUGGGUAAUUACAUGGUGCCAUAACAGCGCUGUGGUGCAGUUGAUUUAAGGACAGUCUCAGCAUGCAGCUGCAGCAGGUAUUCUGGGCGUGGCUUGUCCCAUAGGUGUGUGAGGAAGAGGACGGUUUCAGGUGUUUCAGCAUUCCCUGCUCGCGACGAUACAGGAAGACCCAGUGACAUUUGAAUUGAACUUUAACACCUUGCAAAUAUACUUUUCUUUACUGUAAGAACUAAAAAAUUCCAGGUGCAUAGUUCUUCUCUUGGGAAGAGGAACCGGAUCCUGUUGGACUCCAGUUGGAGCGUUUUUGGAAGAUGUAUAACGCCAGAUAUGAAUACGACGGUCACAAUGGUCGUCAGGAGCGGAUCGACUUCUUAAACAGCAAAGAGAAGUCUUCAUCAAAGAAGAAGAUCUGCAUCGUGGUCGGGGUCCUCGUGGGGCUCCUCAUCCUCGCUGCCGUCGCAGCGUUCCUCAUCUGGCUGUUUGUUUUUAAAAAUGCUGAAGAAGGCAGUUUCAGUAAGCACCUCAAGCCGUCAGCGCAGGUCUUCAGCGGACAUAUGAAGCUGGAGGGAGUUCCCUAUGACCAGAAGCUGGAGGACACCAAGAGCAAGACGUUUGACACUUUGGCAACCAAGCUGGAGGCAACUCUAAAGGAACUCUACAAGAAAGAUCCACUCCUUGAAAAAUACUACACUAGAUCUACGGUCACUGCAUUCAGUGAGGGUGUGGUCGCCUACUUUUGGACCCAGUUUGAUAUUCCAGUCGACGACCUGGAGAUCCUGCCCGAGUUCUCCGAGGACCGGGUGUUGGAGGCUCUGGAGUCGGGCAUAAAGGCGAAGAGGAGAUCUGGGAGCAGCAACGACAUCAGUAUUAGUGAAAUCACUGCUUCACUCACAGAUUCUCGCAUGGCCAGGAACCCCAGAGCCAAGGAGUGUUUCCACCGUCUGGAGGCUGAAGAAACGGAAAAAAGCUUUACAUCCCCAGGGUACCCCAGACGCUACCCCGCCAAGUCUCGGUGUCAGUGGCAAAUCCGAGCUGCAGAGAACCACGCCAUAUUUGUCUCUUUCCCUUUUUUCCAUGUGGAGGAUGACUGCUCUGAUGACUUUGUCUCCAUCUAUGACUCUUUGAGUCCAGAUGAUUCUCAGGCCAUCACUGAAAAAUGUGGUCAGAGGCCUCCCUCCAACCCUCUGGAGGUGGUGUCAUCCGGCAACAUCAUGUUGAUUAAUUUGAUUACCGACACUGAAGUCCAGAGGCCUGGCUUCCAGGCUGUGUAUAAAGCCAUCCCGAAGUCGAAAGUUAAAACCUGCGGUGGCGUCCUCACUGCUGACCACGGAGUCUUCACCUCCCCUCUUCACCCCAGCUUCUAUCCUCCUGCUGUGGACUGCAAGUGGACCAUCAAGGUCCCUGCUGGGAAGAAAGUGAGGGUGAAGUUCAUCAUGUUCCGCAUGAAAGAGCCUGGAGUGGACACCCGUCAGUGUAACAAAGACUAUGUGGAGUUUAUGGGCACCAAGUAUUGUGGAGAAUUGUCCUCUUUGGCUCUGACCAGCAGGACCAACACCGUAGAUGUGAUCUUCCACUCUGACGAGUCCUACACUGACAAAGGCUUCAGUGCCGAGUACAACGCUUAUGAUCCUGCUAACCCUUGCCCCAACCAGUUCGCCUGUCUCUCUGGCAUCUGCAUCUCCAAAGACCUGCAGUGCGAUGGCUGGAACGACUGCGGUGACAUGAGCGACGAGAUGAAGUGUAAGUGUGAGAAGGACCAGUUUGCUUGUGACAAUGGCAUUUGCAAACCAAAACUCUGGGUUUGCGAUCGCGUCAACGACUGUGGAGACGGGAGCGAUGAGAAAAGUUGCAGUUGUGAGGAGAAUGAGUGGCGCUGUGGUAACGGGGUUUGUAUGCCUCAGGACGUUGUGUGUGACAAGAACCAGGACUGUGAAGAUGGAAGUGAUGAGGCCUCUUGUAAAGUCUCUCCGGGCAUCUGCUCCGACUUCAGCUUCAAGUGUAAGAACACAGAAUGUGUCAACAAGGUGAAUGCCGAAUGUGACCGCAUCAACGACUGCUCCGAUAACUCUGACGAGGCCGGCUGUGCUUGUGGCACCAGGCCCUAUAAGCUGAACCGCAUCGUAGGAGGGCAGAACGCGGAGCUGGGGGAGUGGCCCUGGCAGGUCAGCCUUCACUUCAAGACCAAUGGGCAUGUUUGUGGCGCCUCCAUCAUAAAUGAGAAGUGGAUGCUUUCAGCUGCCCACUGCUUUGUCACCAGCAGCCCAGACAACCAUGUUGCAACCAACUGGCAAACCUACAGUGGCAUGCAGGACCAGUACAAGCACGAUGGGGUGGAGCGCCGAGCAGUGAAGAGGAUCAUCUCCCACCCGGAUUACAACCAGAUGACCUUUGACUAUGACAUCGUACUGCUGGAGCUCGUUGAGCCGCUGAAGUUCACCAACACCAUCCAACCCAUCUGCCUACCCGCCGCCUCCCACGUCUUCCCUGCAGGCCUGGCCUGCUGGGUCACAGGCUGGGGCUUGCUCCGAGAAGGAGGUCAGAAGGCACAAGUGCUGCAGAAGGCACAAGUGAAAAUCAUCAAUGACACGGUGUGCAAUGUGGUGACGGAGGGCCAAGUCACCUCCAGGAUGCUCUGCAGCGGAUUCCUAGCUGGAGGAGUUGAUGCAUGCCAGGGAGACUCCGGAGGCCCCCUGGUGUGUUUCGAGGAGAGUGGGAAGUGGUUCCAGGCCGGCAUCGUGAGCUGGGGCGAGGGUUGCGCCCGUCGUAACAAGCCUGGUGUCUACACGCGCGUCACCAAGCUGAGAGAGUGGAUCAAGAAGGAGACAGGGAUUUAAUCAUGUUGGUAGGAACAGGGAGGGAUGCAACAACAACAUGGUAGUGCUAACCAUCAUGGAGACGGAACAUUUGAGCCUGAUUCAGGACUUCAAGUCUCUCCAAGAUUUCUUCAUUUAGCAGCAGACUGAGCAGGAUACUGUUGCACAGAACCAACUACUCACAUGAAUGACUUAAAGCGCUUUAUUUCGUUGCCAACCCCCAUUUUCCCACUCCUCCCACACACACACACACACACACACGUACACAUAAACCACAAUAACUCAUAUUUUGUAUUGUUUUUAAAGGCCUAAAUCAGCACAAUGUCUUUCAACCCCCCAACAAUAUUGUCAUGUUCCACCGGUGGAUAUACCUUGAUUAUAAAUAAUGCAAUAUGCAAAUUCUGGGAAUUAUUUUCCAAAUAUUUCCAAUUUAACCCUUUAAGAUUGAUGCAAAAUCUGGACAUUUUACAUAGUUAAAAAAAACAAAGAGGUUUAUGCCUUAGUAUUGAGUAUUUCUAAACAGGUGAGAUGUCUUCAUCCUUUUGGGAUCAUGCUGUAGAUAGUUAUACAUUUGGUGUUUUAUUAUGAAGUAUCUUAAAGGACCAUAGCUCUCAUUUUAACCUGUUUGCUAUAAAAGACUCAUACAGAUACAUUACCGACAUUCCAAAGCACAGCAUAGGCUUUAAGAUUGACUCAACUAUUUUUAUCUACCUAUUGUCCAGGCAGCCAUUACUCUCAGUUUUUAUCGGUUAAGUAUAAACAUUAGCUUGUAGAGACAUCUUCAUUACUGUGGGAUGAUCACAGAAGUUAAGAGAAAAACAAAAGGACAAAAAAAAAACCCACAGCAGUGAGGAUAAGUCUAACACAUUUGGUUAGACAUGGUCCCUGAAGAAUGUUGAUCUGAAGUGACGCUUUACUUGUUUAAAGUUGUUGCUGAUCUGAACCAUAGACUAUAACCAGUGGCUGAGAUCACGGUGAUUAUGUACAUUUUUACAGUGAACUAGCUGCUGUUUGCUUGCAACCAGCAUAAUGCACAGAGCUGGAUGGACUCUCUGUUAGCAGCUAAUGCUAUCGCUAGCUAGCUAGGAAAAGGGGCUGGGUAAGGGUUAAAGAUCUAAGAUAAAAACACAAUACACCAUGGUUGCAACCUGUUGAUCACAAGGUAGCCACACCCUAAAGCAUACCUGCUUUAUUUCACUCUAAAUGGGACCAUGAGUUACAAAGUUAACCUCAUGCUGUACUGAAGAGCUUACAAUUAGUGAUUGAAACCAUCAACUUGUCAGGAUAAUGUUUGAGGUAAAAAAAAAAAAAAUCAAAUGACAAGUACUGUCGUUUUCUCAUAGUCUUCUUUACAAUCUGACUUCUUUUUGUAA